CUGCGGGUGGUAGGUAGUAGUAACUCUUGGUGAUCGCACACCAAGAGUGAGCUGAAAACCAGGCAACGCCACAGUAAGAAAUUUGAAAGCGCGAUCAAUUAAUUUUUAGUCAUAAUCCAGGGGGCUGGAGUACCCCACGGAGCCUGUUCUUGCGGCACCGCUUGAGCUGAGUCGGGAGACAGCGCUGGAAAUUGCUCAGGAGCUGCGAACCGAACAGCCCCGCUGUAGGGGGCACGAAAGUGGCAAGUGGGGGCAGGAGCCCCGCAGGCAGCAGAGCGCUGCCCCCGAGCCGCGCUCCCCGUCCGCUUCCGCACAGCGGCCCCGGAGCGUUCCCGCGCCGCCGGCGCUGCCGCUGCUGCCGCCCGCGCAGGCCGAGCCGCCCCCGGCCCUCAGCGCGCCCCGCCAGACACCUGCCCGGCCGCGCUGCGCUCCCGCGCCGCCGCCGCGCUCCGCCGGCAGGGGGAGCUGCAGGGAGCGGGUCCCGCCGCAGCGCGGGGGGGAGGGGAAGGAAGCGGAAGGAGCCGCCGCCGCGCUGAGGGGAGCAGGCGCUGUGCGGAGCCGCCGCCUGGUGCGGGCGGCACGGAGGGAGCGAGCGGCGCGCGGGGCUAGGCGGCCCGGCCGUGCCGAGGAGCGGACGCCAGUUUUGAAAAUCUGGUUAAUGUGAUGGCAUAAACUAGUAAAGCAUUUGGAUUAUGUGAUGGAUAUCAGCAAUGGUGAUUAAUACUGUUUGAGUGGUACAGUAAGAGUCUGCUGUAUGAAAUGCCAGAAGUUUACAUUUCUCCUAGUUUUGCAAUGGUUUCCCAGUGAGUGGAUCAUGAUGAACAUACUAUAGGGACUCGCCAUAGUAUGGCUGCUUCUCGAUCUACUCGUGUGACAAGAUCUACAGUGGGUUUAAAUGGUUUGGAUGAAAAUUUUUGUGGUAGAACAUUAAGGAACCGUAGUAUCGCUCAUCCGGAGGAAGUCUCACCCCAUCCUCAGAUCCGAUCCAGGUCACCAAAGAAGAGGCCAGAGUCUGUGCAAACUCAGAAGGGCAGCAACGGGGGCAGAGCUACUGAUUUGAAACAGCAGAGUGCUCGGGAGUCAUGGGUGAGCCCUAGAAAGAGAGGGCUGUCCACUUCGGAGAAGGAUAAUGGUGAUAAGCAAACUGUAGAAAAUAGUGAAAAAAAACAAGCAGAACCCGUUUCACCUGUUUUGAAAAGAAUUAAACGCUGUCUACGCUCAGAGGCACCCAACAGUUCUGAAGAAGACUUGCCCACUAAGGCAGAGAAGGAGUCAUUGGAGCAUAAAAGCUUAGUGUCGGACAAUGAUGCAGCCUCCACGGGAACUAAGCGAGCUUGUCGAUGUCUUAUAUUGGAUGAUUGUGAGAAAAGGGAAGUUAAAAAGGUGAAUGUGUGUGCAGAAGGGUUUAAUAAUUCUGCAGUAGUUGAAGAGGUUGCAGGUUAUCAGACUGUCAAUGGAGUUGCUGAGAGAGACUCAAAUUCUCUUAACUGUGAUGACUGUCAGCUUGACGGGAACGCUAAGCAAAACAGUGCUGGUUCCUGUACGCCCAAGGACAAAACAGUAGCAGAAAAUGGAAACUCGUUAGCCCAUUCUUCGUUGUUGCUUAAUAGCAGCAAAGAGGACAGUGUUGUAGACCAUUAUGUGCCUUGCACAAACUCUCAAGAACAGGUAAAGUUAGAGGACCACAAACCAAUAAACGACUGCUUGCCUGAGGAGCAUGCUAAUCAGGCAUUUGAGCCAGCUGCAGGGUCCUUUUCUGAAACCCAGUCGUCUUUGUUAAGGGAUUCGGAGGAGGAGGUGGAUGUUGUAGGAGAUAGCAGUGCCUCUAAGGAACAGUGUGCUGAAAACACCAACAGCAACCUGAAUACUCACCACGACAGUGCAUCAAUCUCAGGUGAACCUGAACCACAUUCUUCGGUGCUGAACUGUGUUUCAGCUCAGAUGACAAAUGUGUUGGAACUUCAAGAACACAGAUACACCUUGAGAACUUCACCACGAAGGGCUGCCCCUGCCAGAAGCAGCCCUACUAAAAAUAUCUCUCCUUGCAGAGAAAACGGACAGGUUGAGGAAAAUAAUCUUAGUCCUACUGAAAAGAAUGUACCUAUAGGUAUUAAUAAUAUCAAUGAAUCUCCCAAAAAGUCUGAAGAAAUCAAACAGAAUGAAAAAGAGAGAAAUAGUAAUACGGGAGAUCAUGGGAGUGAUGGACUAAGAAAGCCACUUUCUGAGUCUAGGCAUGUUGCUGGAUAUGUACCACCUGCCAAAGAGAGUGCCAACAUCCACACUGCAGAGGAGGAUGAGGAAGAGCCUGAUGUGUAUUACUUUGAAUCAGAUCAUGUGGCAUUGAAACACAACAAAGAUUAUCAGAGACUGUUACAGACGAUUGCUGUACUCGAGGCUCAACGUACUCAAGCAGUUCAAGACCUUGAAAGUUUAGGCAGACACCAGAGAGAAGCACUGAAAGAUCCUAUUGGAUUUGUGGAAAGACUCCAGAAGAAGGUUGAUAUGGGUCUUCCAUUUCCUCAGAGAGUUGUUCAGCUCCCUGAGAUUGCCUGGGACCAAUACACCACUAGCCUUGGAAACUUUGAGAGAGAAUUCAAGAACCGAAAACGUAACAGCAGGAGAGUGAAGCUGAUCUUUGACAAAGUAGGUAUCCCUGCAAGACCAAAAAGUCCUUUGGAUCCCAAGAAGGAUGGAGAGUCCAUUUCGUACUCUGUCUUGCCUUUAAGUGAUGGUCCAGAAGGUUCCACAAACAGUCGUCCACAGAUGAUAAGAGGGCGACUUUGCGAUGAGACCAAACCUGAAACUUUUAACCAGCUGUGGACUGUAGAGGAACAGAAAAAGCUGGAGCAAUUGCUUUUGAAGUAUCCACCAGAGGAGGUAGAGUCCCGACGGUGGCAGAAGAUAGCAGAUGAGCUGGGAAAUAGAACAGCAAAGCAGGUUGCCAGUAGAGUGCAGAAAUAUUUUAUUAAACUGACUAAAGCUGGUAUUCCAGUUCCAGGAAGAACACCAAACUUAUAUUUAUAUUCCAAAAAGUCAUCAAGUAGACGGCAACAUCCUUUAAAUAAACAUCUUUUCAAACCUUCAACUUUCAUGACAUCUCAUGAACCUCCAGUUUAUAUGGAUGAAGAUGAUGACAGAUGCAGUUUUCACAGCCAUAUGGAUACUGCAGCAGAAGAGGAAGUAUCGGAUGAAGAGAGUAUUCCAGUAACAUAUCGAGAGUUACCCGAAUACAAAGAACUGUUAGAGUUUAAAAAAUUGAAGAAACAGAAACUCCAGCAGAUGCAUGCAGAAAGUGGGUUUGUGCAGCACGUGGGAUUUAAGUGUGAUAACUGCGGGAUUGAACCUAUCCAGGGGGUUCGGUGGCACUGCCAGGACUGCCCUCAAGAGAUGUCCUUGGAUUUCUGUGAUUCGUGUUCAGACUGUCUGCAUGAAACAGAGAUUCAUAAGGAAGAUCACCAGUUAGAACCUAUUUACAGAGCAGAGACAUUUUUAGACAGAGACUACUGCAUGUCCCAGGGCACCAGUUACAAUUAUCUUGACCCAAACUACUUUCCAGCAAACAGAUGACAUGGGAAGCAGGUCUACCAUCUUGGGUUUACUAUCCUCUUUGAAAAAUAACAAUGGCACCAUUGUUAAUUCUGUGCACAUUUUGGAAAGACUCUGCUUUCCCUGAAAUGUCACUCACAGCAUGACAGCUUCCUGGGUGUACUUGUCAAACUACAGCUUUGAGCUGUCAUGGUUCUAGAUCACUGAACAGCAGCUGAACAUUCCUAGUGUGCAGAAGGUUUCACUGGGAGUCUUUUCUUUCACCACGUUAGUGGCUUUUAGGUGGUGAAUCUAAACAAAAGAAACACAAAAGGGUGAGCCAGAAAUGAGAGCACACAUUAAAGAUAGAGUAAAUUCCAAAGGCUUUGAAGAACUUGGUUAUAAUAAGAUCCAGAGGAGAUGAAGUAUUUAUAUAAAAACAGUUUAGUAGCUUGCAGUUUUGUUGUGAAAUAGUUUUCAGCACAGUAACUGACUUCUUUAGGCAAGGUUUUAACCAAUGACAGUGUUUGCUUCUAGGCUGUACUCUAAAAAUACUCACUGUCUCGGCGGUGGUUGGCUACGGGCCUUUAUUAAAUCGGAGCUGCUUAAUCAUGUUGACCUUCAAUUUUUUUAAUUUUUUUUAAAACCACAACGAACUCUAUUUACCAACAGUGAAGCACUACAGGGGGCAACUGUGGCAUUGCUUCCUUAACCAGCUCAUGGUGUGUGAAUGUUAUAAAAUUGUCACUCAGAUAUAUUUUUUAAAUGUAAUGUUAUAUAAGAUGAUCAUGUGAUGUGUACAAAAUAUGGUGAAAAGUGCCAGUGCUAGUAACUGUGUAAAGUCUCUAAUACUCAACAUUUACUCCUUUAAAAUAAAAUACACAGCCUUCUGCCUCUGUAUUUGGAGUUGUUAGUGCAACUCAUCAAAGAAAACUGCCUAAUAUAAAAUCAUAUAUAUGGUAAUAAUUUUUCCUCUUUUGUAGUCUGCACAAGAUCCAUGAAAGAUUGUAUUUUUAUUACUAUUUAAACAGUGAUUAAAUUUAGCCUGAGCAGUGAGCAAGGGUUCACAUGCAUUCUUUUAUACUGCUGGAUUUUGUUGUGCAUCAUUUAAAACAUUUUGUAUGUUUCUUCUUAUCUGUGUAUACAGUAUGUUCUUAAAUAAUGUUCAAUUGUCAGGAGAACUGUGAGAAAUAAACUAUGUGGAUACAGUCUGUUUAUAUAUAGAA